GAACACCUUCACUACACAUUUCAGGGUCACUGGGGUCAAGGUUAUCAAUGCCAUGUUCCACGGAGCACUCGCGAUUGUCACGGAGUGUUCUAGAACUGCAUUUAUCCACGCUGUAGCACAGCAACCAAACAUAACGCCACUGUUGACCGAGGAUACGCACGGAUCUCUCGAGCUCCGCGUUUUGUCGAAGUGAAUUCACAUUGAAAAAUGGGGGUUCUCGACAAGGCGGCGUCAGCGUUCCUUUCAGUGGUACACGUGCUUUCAUUGCUCAGGCCUGGUGGUAAAAGACAGAGCGGUGAGACAAAACUCAUCGUAACUGUCCACGAGGGCAAAGUCGGUCGCCAGAGUCAGGGCAAGUAUCUGGUGACAAUGCGCCAUGGCAAGGUAAAGAUGCAAACCGCUAAGAAAAAGUCCGAUGCACUGAUCUGGGAGCAUUCCACGUCGUUCGUGCCAUGGUCGCCAACAGACCAACUGGUUCUAAAACUUCGAAAGGCGAAGCGCUGCAAAGACACCACAGUUGGUGAACUCUCCAUUGAUGUUGCAGCCGCACUAGAGUCAGCGGACGGUUUACCACAGAAGUGGUGGUACAUCAUGGACCGACCCAGCAAAGGCGGGCGGAGGAAUGAGGAAGUGUUCUUACAAGUGUCCGUUAUUCUUGACGGCACAGAGGUGAAAAGUCACCAAACACAGAACCAGGACCCAACCAAGCCUCCCGAGGAGACCGUUGAGGCAUCCGUACUAGGGAAGCCGGAGACUCUGUCGGAGCUGCAGAAUCACCAGGUCAAGGCGGUGGCAGUUUCCGAAGAAACGCAAGCGGACACGCCCCAUGACAGCAGUGCUAAGGACAGCAAACCACCGUCCGUCACCGGCGACAUCGCAGACGUCAAACAAGACUCUUCAGACACAGCCACAACUUCAGAAACAGCCUCAACUUUAGACACAAAGGACGAGUUUGCUGCCAACGAAGACAGCGGCAUCGUCUCACCCAACGAUACGCACCGCUCCUCUGGUAACACGGACGUGACGCCCCUUCAAGUGUCCGAUGUUGCCUACGGUCCGGGGAGGGAGAGGGAGCUACCGAAGGGUCAAGACCCUGCCAAGCCUUCCGAGGGGACAGUCAAGACGGAGCUGCAAGAGAAACCAGAGCUGGUGAAUGGCAAGGUCAAUGUUACCCAGGAAAAAGAGCAGGACGCACCACCGGACAACAGCGGCAAGGACAGCUCACCACCAGCCGCUGCCGCCGCAGACGUCAAAGCAGCGUCUUCUACAAGCUCGGCAUCCGACCUACCGGCCACAGCUCCUGAUAUAGCAGACAAACGCCCUGCUGCCGGAGAAGGCGAUGUCCCAGAGCACCAUCCGUCAGUUGCCCGUGGAGAACAGACGGAAGCACUCGACAACAGCGGCGCGGAUGCAGACAGUCGGACGACAACGUCUACUCAAGGAGGAGGAGCGUUUCUUACAACAACCACCCCAUCGCCCAAACACCAGGACGCAGAAGACUCACAGUAUGUUGAGGUCCUGUCGUCAGUAGACAAGCUGUGGGCAGAGCUCUCUCUUGAGAAAGACUAUGCGGAAAAGCUUCUCGCUCAUGCCGACUCCCUUCGAUUCAGACUCGCCACUGCCGCCCCGCAUGUUCUCCGGUACCCAGUUAUCAAGAACAUUAUCGCUGCCGUGCCGGAUUGCACAUCUUACAAGUUACCCGACACACAAGGACUAAGUUUGGAGGAGCUGCAAGGCAUCCAGAAGACCCUCACCAAGUCGGUACAAGAUGAGAAGGAACGUGCGACCUACAUCAAGCGCUGGUACUGGGAAGAACUGGUCCGCGUGGCUCUGAGAGAAGCGCCUGGAGUAUUUGGGCCAGAGGACUAAUGUGACAAUCUUAUAUUACAGUUGUCAAUUUAAUGUAUUUCUGCAUGCGUUAAAUGUGUUAUUCGGAUUUGAAAAAAAAGCUUUAUAUCACAACCGUAUCAGUCAAUCAAACAACACAACGUCUUGUCACCAACAAGGCCAUUUAUGAACCUUCAACUGACCCAGCUGUACCUUUGGUAUGCGGCUGAAAAGAAACUUGCACUUCCAGGAACUCGGACUUCAGGAGUUCCUUUGUAAGACCGAUUUAAAGUUGUUGUUUAUUGUAUCAAUUAUUCAACCUUUUACCUACACGUCAACAGAUGUAGAAACUAAAUGCAGCGUUAACUGCGCCGAAUUUUUGUCGACGUUCCUGUUCAUUCAUUGAGUUAAAUGUUCGAUUUGAAUAACGUUUUUCAUCCCAACACUCGCAGAUAUAAUUUUCUUUUUCCGUUCUACAAGUAGUCAUGUAUCAAACCACUGCAGAAAGAAAUCGUUAAAAUCAGAAAGUUUUGCCAAUGCGCCAAUUAUAUUCACGUGGAUAAUAAAAGUGCAACAAUCGUUGAAUCACCACCUUUUCUUUUGUACUUUUAAUAAUGUAAUGUAUCUACAGUGACAUGUUCAACGUAACUACUCAUAUUUCAGUGCCAUGAAAAGUGCAAGAAAACAUAGAAAACUCACCAUAGGUGUAAGAACUGCCUAAGUGCCUUGUCCAUGGACUGGGCCCUUGUUCCUCUCCGUGAGUUUUCCCCAUGUUGUACAGUCCUGUGUCAUACCUUCAGCUGCAUUUAGCCUUCAUCAAGUGCCUUUUACGAAUUGGUCUUUCUAACGCAUGGAAAUUCUUUCCCGGGGUCUUGGGUUUUCAAAAUCCUAGUUGAAGACUUUGUGGAUCAAUGUUUGUUGUGGUCUUCUUAAUUAUCAUGUGCCCGACCAACCGUAGUCUUCUUAACGGGAUGAAUUUGACAUUGGAAUGCUUUAUGUCGAGUUAAGAUGAUUUUCGUCAUUUGGUUUGCGGUCACGAAAUGUGAUACAGAUAAUCGCCAUUAUUACACUUUAAAGUAUAAUAGAAGCAGUUCAUCUGUCUUAUCUAUCGUUCAAUGUGAAAAGACAAGCCUUGAAAUAUUGCUUUGGAGGAACCUACGGGGACAGAAAACCACGGUGCUGGUUAAAUUUGUCUGUAGUUCUGACGUUUAUAUCAAUAUAGAAGACUUCCUCUGAUUUCCUUGUAUUAAUGA